GGUACAAUAGCACAGGAUAUGUUCCUGCUGGACUGUCCCACCUAUGAGGACUAUUUGGACACCUUUGUCACGCGAAGUGAUAUAAGGUUUAUACGAAAUGUCCGCUUUUGUCGCAUGUUGGUGGAGUUGGGUUAUCGUUCGACAGCUGAAAUUUAUACGCCGGAACAAUUUGAACAACACAAGGCUGCGGUCGAGGAGUCGCUAUGGCCCAUUAAGAAGUCGACAAUAUUUUUUAGUGAUGGCAUGAAAUCUACGGAUCCGGUGCUAAUAGAAAUGGCUCAGAGGGAGCGGGCAAAUGUGCAGAAAAUGAUAUCGACAAUAAUUUUCGUGAAACACCGUUUGAAAACCGGUUUCGAAAUAUCCGGUUAUAUUGAUUUUGAACAAAGUCUGCAUGAGGCAAAUUUACAGGAGGAGAAUUGCACCGAUUGGGCUGGCGUCUUUGCCGAACGUUUGAAAUUGAAACCGAAUCCACGCGACUUGAGUUUUUUCGAUUGGCAUAAGGGAGUGGUGAUCUACAAUGAUUCGGAUAAUUAUCUGGUCCAGCACGAUGUCCAUUAUGGUUUGAUUUUUAUGCAUAAAGGUGAUCACAAGCGAGUCUGUGUCGAUAUCGAUAAGCCGGAAUAUAGUAAAAAUUGCAGCCGAUCUAUGCAUUUUUCGGAGAGAUAUGGUCAUGUGGUGUUCUAUGAUCAUGUUAUAAGGAAGAAGAUAUGA